UUAUUAUAUACGUAUCAUUUUUAUAUUGUUUUGAAGCUGCGUGCAGCCAUGUUGAGUGUGAUGGAAUUGAUCCAUAAAACAAGGAUCCCUUCAUUUUUAAGAUAAAGUAAUUACCACAUACAAUUAAAUUCUGGUACCUUUUGUCGUGUCUACAUAUACAUGUUUAUAAUUUAAUCAGCUUAAUUCCCUGUUUUAAUAAUAAGCUGCAUGCAAUUCAUUCUCAUCUUCAAAAAAAUCAACACGAGCCUAUGGCAAAACUCUCCCUUUUCUUCUUCUUUUUUUCUUACGUAUGCUCGCAUGCAGUAUUCGCAGAUGAUGACGUCAGCAUAAAAAAGGGAACGAUCAGCUGGUGGUGCAGUACAACUCCACACCCGGAUCCAUGCAACCACUUCAUCAUGAUGGGUCGUUAUAACCCGAAUCAGCACAACCCGAUAACCCGCCAGGAUUUCCGGACCCUGACAAUCCAGGCAGCAAUGGAGCGUGCCAUCCACGUACAGACACGCGCCAAGAAUCUCUGCUUCCAGGGCAAGAGCAAAAGGAAGAAGACCGUCCAUCGAGACUGCUACAACCUCAUCGGCAACACGAUCCACCAACUAAACACGACUUUUCGAAGCAUCCAAAAAACUUCAAACGCGACUUCUGACGCGCAGACGUGGCUCAGUGCAGCGUUGACCAACGUUGAAAUCUGCCGCAGUGGGUCCCACGACCUCAAAAUCGCCGCCCGGUUCCGCUCGCCGAUCCUGUCGGGUUAUGUUUCGGAGCUGAUAAGCAAUAGCCUAGCGGCGAAUGGGGCACUAAUCCUGGCUGCUAAUAAUGACCCGGAUAGUGGUCGUCGGUUUCCGGGUCGGGUCACGCCCGGUAAUCGGAAACUGUUGCAGGUUUCAGCGCUGGUGCUGAAAGCAAAUGUAACCGUGUCUCCGGACGGGUCGGGUCAGUUUAGAUCCAUUCAGGCUGCGAUUGACUAUGCCACUUCAAAACGGGUCGGAGAUGGGCGGGUGGUUGUGUAUGUGAAGAAAGGUGUUUACGAGGAGAAUAUUCUGAUCAACAGGACGAUGAAUAAGGUUACGCUGGUCGGCGAUGGAGUCAAACAUACCGUCAUCACCGGCAGCCGGAGCGUUUCCGGCGGGUUCACCACGUACAGCUCCGCCACCGUUGGGGUUGACGGCGCUGGAUUCAUGGCCCGGGGAAUCACAUUCCGCAACACCGCCGGGCCGGAAAAAGGCCAGGCGGUGGCUCUCCGGUCAGCCUCCGAUCUCUCCGUGUUCUACGCCUGCGCAUUCGAAGGGUACCAAGACACGCUUUUCGUGCACGCGCAGCGCCAGUUCUUCAAAUCCUGCCACAUAUACGGCACCGUCGACAUCAUCUUCGGAAACGCCGCCGUCGUUAUACAGAACUCCGUCAUCUACGUAAGAAAGCCUCUAGUCGGCCAGGCGAACAUGAUCACCGCCCAGGGUCGUGGCGACCCGUUUCAGAACACGGGCAUCUCGAUCCACAACUGUCGGGUCAUGCCCGCUCCGGAUCUUAAACCGGUUGUCGGUUCGUUUAAAACCUACUUGGGCCGGCCGUGGCAGCAGUACUCGAGGACUGUGAUUAUGAAGAGUUAUCUUGACGGUCUGGUCGAACCGGAGGGAUGGUCGAGAUGGGGUGACUCGGAUUUCGCAUUGAGUACUUUGUACUAUGGGGAGUAUAAGAAUUUCGGACCGGCCGGUUCGUUGGAAAACCGGGUUAAUUGGACCGGGUACCAUGCUAUAACCAACCCGGAUGAGGCGUCUCGAUUUACAGUGCGGAGCCUGGUAGCGGGUCGGGCGUGGCUGCCUGCAACUGGUGUGCCAUUUAUUGCCGGGUUGUGAGGUUGUCACCAAGUCAAUAGUUUUUAUUGAAUUCUUUUAUUCGUUUAAUUGGUUUUAUUAUGAUAAAAGGAUUAAUGAAUUUAGUUAUAGAGUCGCUCCUUUGGUAUAUAGGAAAAACAAAUUCCUAGCAACUUUUUUUUUUUUUUUUAUAAUUAUUUUAGAUACUAAUAAGGUGAAAUAUGUU